AUGUCGGAGCCUGCGCUUGAAUGCCGUGUCGCUCAAAGAGCCGACGCUGAUCUGCGCUCGUUUUCUACUUCUGCCGGUGAUAGACAUAGGUCCCGUCGCUCUGACUCGGCCGCGGUGAGAUAUACUAUGAGUGACCGUAGGGAUUCGGGGAGCCGUCCAGGCGUCGUGUUGCUUUCUUCUUCGCCGUUGCCUGUGCCUGCCUUGUCGCGUGGUUCGCCCUCGCCGUCGAUUUCGUCAGUUGAUACGACUGGGUCUGAGUUUGGCGGACUUGGAAACGGACAUGGACAUGGAAACGGGUACGCCGGUGGUCAUGGCGGCGAAGAUCACGACGACGAUUUUUAUAUCCUCGAGGACAGUGGUCGGGCGCCGUUGAUCACCACUGCUACCGGCGGCGCAGAGCCGGCUGCGCUAUCGCGCGCUUCCUUGUCAUGGGGAACAGCGGUUCCGUCGGUAUCAUCGGCUUCGCCGUCUUUGUCCGCGCCUAGUAUUGAGCAGCGCACAUAUGUCUGUCUCUUCCAUAUGCUGGAUUGUCAUGAGUCGUUCGACGAUGACGCACAGUGGAGGACUCAUGUCUGCAGCCACUUCCGAUCACACCCUACGCCCCCGACGGCGAGAUGCCCCCUCUGUCCGAGUAUGAAGUUCAUCGAUGGGAUCGCGGAGCCUAUAUCAUCGCCCGUUCUGGACGAUGACGAGUCGAUGCGCAGUGAAAAUAUUGUGAUGCCGGGUCCGGGAGUCGGACCUGAACCUGGACAGUCCUCGGCCUGGGAUAGAAUGCUUGAUCAUGUUGCUGCUGGGCAUUACCAGCUUGGACAGACACUAGCGGGGAGUCGGCCUGAUUUCGAGUUGAUGCGGUAUUUGUAUGGGCUGCGGAUUAUCACAGAUGCACAGUUCAAAGCUAUGCAGUUGCCGCCCGCUCCGUCUAGUCCGGCUUAUCAUCGCUCACAGGAUGGAGUCAGGGCUAGUAUUGGGUCUGCGGAUGAGCCUUAUUGUGCGCCGUAUAGUAAAAGGAGGGAACAGAGGAUGCGUGGACAGUCAAGGAGUGUUGUUGUGUAA